CCGGGGGCGGUCCCGGUGCCGGUCCCGCCGCCCCCGCCGCUCCCGGCUGCCAUUUUAAGGUGAACAAAGCGGCGGAGCGGCGACAGGGAUGCUGCCCAAAAAACCCUACGACAGCGGCUACGGGCCACCAACCGCCACCUACGGGCCACCAACCACCUAUGGACCACCAACCACCACCUAUGGGCCACCAACGACCUACGGGCCACCGACGGGCGAUUACGGCUACGACGCGCGCUCGCCGCCGCCCGGCUCGUACUACAUCGAGGACGUGCCCCAGCUUUUCUACAAGUGGUCAUCGCCCCCUGGGCUAGUGAAGGUGUUGGGGGUGGUGGUCAUCCUGCUGUGCGUGGCCAUCUUCGCUUGCGUGGCCUCCACGUUGGCGUGGGAUUACGGCUACUACGGCUACGGGAGCGGCGUUUUUGGCAACGGUUACUACGGGUCUGGCUACUACGGCAGCGGGGUGAAUUACGGUUAUGGCUACGGUGGCUACUACGGGGGAGUGACCAACCCGCGCACGGCCAACGGGUUCAUGAUCGCCAUGGCCGUGCUGUGCUUCCUAGCCCAGCUGGGGCUCUUGGUGGCCAGCCUGAGCAAGGCCGGCGGGACGCGCUCGCGGCGGUUCUACCUGGUGGUGCUGGUGGUCAGCGCGGUGCUGGCGCUGGUCAUGCUGGUGGCCAGCAUCGUCUACGUGGUGGGAGUCAACCCCCAGGCGCAGAUGAGCGGGGGUGGCUACUACUACAGCCCGCUGCUGGCCAUGUGCAGCCAGGUGUACGGCGGGGGGGCCGUGCUCAACCAGUACCUGUACCACUACUGCACCGUGGACCCGCAGGAGGCCGUGGCCAUCGCCUGCGGGUUCCUGGUCGUGCUCCUGCUGUGCCUCGUUUGUCUCUUUGCGCACAAAACGCGGAGCAAGAUCUGGAAAUACGGCAAACCCAACGUGUACUGGGACAAGAUCCCGGCCGGCCCCGAGGGGCCCGACGUCGAGGAGUGGGUGAAGAACGUGUCGGGGGCGAGCAGCGCUCCGGACGAGGCCGCCACCGUCGCCUACUCGGAGAGGGGAGAGACCCCCGGGCCCGCGCCCCCCUACAGCCCCCCCGCCUACAGCGACCCCCCCAAAAACGGCUGGAAAAGUGACGCCCCCAGCCCCUCGGAGCCCCAGCCCCCCGCCCAUGGCCGCCGUGGUGGCCGCGGUGGCCGCAGGGACGAGCGGCGCCACUCCCAGGGCUCCCAGGGCUCCCAGGACGACACCGAGGCCCCCACGGCCCCCGAGUCCGGCGACGAGCGUGACGGGGACAGCGAGCGGUGGCACAGGCUGUACCCGCCGUUAAGCUCGGCCCAGGAUCGCCGGCGGUACAAGGAGGACUUUGGGGCGGGGCUGCGGCGCUACAAGGAGCUCUGUGCGGAGCUGGACGCGCUGGGCCAGCGCCUGGCACAGCUGGAGCAGCAGCUGGAGACGCUGCCCGAGGACAGCGCCCAGUACCAGGCCCUGGCAGAGGAGUACAACCGCCUCAAGGACCUCAAGCGGAGCCCCGAGUACCAGGACAAGAAGCGGGAAUCCCAAACCCUGCGGGACAAACUCGUCCACAUCAAGAGGAUGGUGAGCGACUACGACAAACUCCGGGGGUGACCCCAAAAAGUCACCCCAAAAAAAAAAAAAAGGGACAUUUUUUUAUGGGGGGGGGACACCUCAAACCCCUCCCUAAAAUUCCUCAUUUUGUGCCUUUUUUUUUGUCUUAAAAAAAAACCCCAAAAUUCCUCAUUUUGGAACGCUAAGGGUGGGGGGGAUGCUGUUGGUGUGAGCGCCCCUCGCCCCAAAAUGUCCCCAAAUUUCCCCUAAAUGUCCCCAAAUUUUCUCUUAAAUGUCCCCCACACCCUCAGGGACCCCCCCCAGUGCCUUCUCCUGGUUGUAAAUAGGAUUUUUUAAUGGGGUUUGCACCCCCCUGGCUGCCUUAAAAGGGGUUUUGGGGGUCUCAAAUUGAGGUUUGGGGGAUAAAAAACCCUUUUGGGGUUUUUUUUUAUUUGGGGACCUAAAUCCCAAAAAAUAUUUUAUAAGGAACGGUGGGAAAUUGUGUAAAUUUUUAAUUGUUGGUGUUUAUUUUGUAAUAAAUGAAGUGUAAUUGUUGAUUUUAA